GAUCACAGAAUUUAUUUUAGCAAUAUAUAGCAACUGUUCAGAUUAAACCGAUGAAAGUUAAAAGUUGUUGCUUGUUUUGAGAAGACUAACUUUUUCAACUGGCAUCAUAGUAAUGGCCCUUAGACGACCUAGCCGCAGAUCAUCCAGUCCUCCCCCCUCCCCCUUUGCACCCGAGUCAAGACCGAAUCUAGACCAGACACUUGAGAAAUUGAGCCAAACUGAACGAGGCACCAACUCACGAGUUCGCGUACUCCGAGAGCUGUUCUACAAAAGCCGAAACAACGAAGAAUUCUGCAACGAGUUGGUCAAAACGGCCGUCAUCGAAAUUGUCAUUUUGGAAACCAUAAACACCAACGACCACGAAACCGAACGAAAUUGGGCGGCCGGAAUAUUGGAGAAUAUUCUAGAAUGUUCAAAAAACGGUAGAGAUCAGUGUUAUAAAAACGGUGGCGUUCGAAUUUUGAUGAAAAGAAUCUACAAAGAGAAGACGAAUUCGGAAACUAAACGAAGUUGCGUGGCGGCGCUUGGCCAGGUUAUUAAAAUUAAUAAAGAGGCAAAAGAAAGUUGUGUUAAGUUUGGGGGAGUGAAAAUGUUCAUGGAUCUACUUGAGAAUUACGAUUCGGCAAUCGGAGUCGAGAUUGUAAACGCGCUCGGAAAUCUGAUGCAAGAUCUUCCCGACGAAGUCGCCUCGGAAGUCGCCGAGCGCGGCGGUUGCGAUCAGUUCAUCAAAAGAAUAGAGUGCAACAUGUAUAAGUGUGACAGAGUUUACGGGUUACAAGCGAUGGCGAGUAUGUUGCCGAAAGUCGAGAAAGCUCGUGACGAAUGCAUUGAAAAAGAGUUCCAACAAAAGUUGAUGGAGUUGAUCGAAAACGAAGAUGAAGAUAAUGACGAAAUAAAACUUCACGCUUCACAUUGCUUGGUUACAUUAUGCAAUCACAGCGGUGAAGUUGUGACGCAAUGUAAAGAGAAUUACGUGUUGAUAUUCUUGGACCCCCUGAUGAUUAGCCCACAAUACGAGGGGGACGAUUUGGAUGAGAAAGUGGGGAAGGUUAAAGAGUUGGUGAAAUUGUUGGGAGGGGUGGAAAAACAGAUGGCGAAGUUGAAAUUGGACCCACCCCCUCUGGGAAAGAAGAAACAACAACAAGCACCUGUAGACGAAGAGGGGGAGGAUGAAGUUAUUCAAUAAAAGAAAUCGGAAUUUAUAAUCAAAAAGAAAGUAUAGAACAAUUUAAUAACUAUUUCUGUAAAUUGCGGUGUUGGGAAAUAUGAUAGAAUAUGUAUGUACAUGUAAUCAUUGAGAUCUCCAUUUUUUUUAAAACUUUGCGAUGGCUUUUACUUUAAUUCUUGGU